UAAGAUUCUUGGUAGAAGUAUUUCACGUGUCCUUGUAAUUAAACGGUUUUGGCCACUGGCGCUCUUCCUGAGGCCUUAAACGUCAACAACACCAACAUGGCCGCCAACUCAGCACAGAAAAGGUGCAAAAAUCUUAAGUGAAAGUUGGACGAUGGCGCUGUGUGAUGGCCUCUCCCACUGUAAACUGGCUCUGGCCUUUGCGGUGCUGAUGGAUCUACUGGGAGGAGCUGCGCUGCUGGUGGGAGUGUUCGCCCCGCUGGAGAUCAGAGGACAGGACUUCGGAGACUUGCUGGUCUACACCGGCGCCCUGUUCGUGCUCAUGUCUCUGGCCGGCUGGGUGUUGUGGUACAGCGGAAACAUCGAUGGUCUCACGUCCAAGAGGGAGCUCGGACACAUCGGCAGCGCCGUCGACCGCCUCGCUCGCAACCUCAGCCGCAAGAUGCGCACGUACCGGAGCCAAUUCUGAGCCGGCAGGAGGACGUCCGGCUCUUCAGUUUAAAAGUCUGGUUACGCCGUUAGUCAGUAUUAAUAUGAGACUGAACUGACCUCUUUACUUUGUACUACUGACGCACUCUGAACAGUGUUAGACGAAACAUUUCAGUGACAUUUCAGAAAAGUCGCUCCCACAGCAGCUUUACAGGCCUGAUGUUCUGUUACAGUCAUUCUGAUGUUUAUUCUGAUCAGCAUGUUUUAUUUUUUGUAGUGUUUUAAGAUGUGACAGUCCGUCAGUAAACAGUGGUCUCAUGUCAUAUUUCAAUAAAAGCAUUUUUAUACAUUA